UUCAAAUACGAUCGACCCACCACCAAUCAGUGUCUGAAAUCUCCCCGGACUACCUGUCUCUGCUUACACGCGUAUUCAGAGCGAGAUCAUGACGGUGGCUCUUUUUAUCCCUAACUUUUGGAUGAUGCUUGCAUCUGCUUUGCAUUGGGCCACCCUUUCGGUCCUCGCUGCUCCUACGACAUCGAUCUCGAGCAUUGUAACAAUCGACGCUGCCUACUCCACGGCCACAGUCGGCAGUUCAUCGCUUGCGGCAUUCAACGAGACACUGCAGACGGCGAUCCUGGACGUCGCGCUUCCUACAAGUCGACCAUCCGCGACCCCAAGCCCCAACGCAGCGGCAACGUCCAGCACGUCCGACGGCCUGUCGAGAGAAACGGCACUCCGGAUGGCAGCAGCGCUUCUCUUGUUUGUGUCGGUCACCGCCGCGUGUAUGGCAUUCGGUGCGAACCCACGUCCCAAGCACGUCGAACCCCUUGUGCUGCCAGUCCCCGCGCACGAUCCAGCAGGCGAACGCGCGCACCGAUACCCUCCGGCCAUCAUCUCGCAUUGCCCUGCACAUCCAACGGCGGAAUGAUACAGGCUGCUCGG